ACAGUAGGAGCAGAAAUGCAGUCUCUCUGCCCUCCGAUCUCGCGCACUAUCCUUCCGCGGGGCGCAGAGAAGGCGCGCACGGUGAACGCCCCAAUCUCCCCGCCCUCAGUACCCUACCCGGGUCUAGAGUUGAGGGUCGAGGUUCCCUGCAGGGGAGAAGUUGGUGGGGCAAUUACUGUCUCCCUAACCCCCAACUCCCGCUUCCGUCACCCGCCCCCCUCCCAGGGGACGUGCGCUGGGCCCGGGGCCGCCGGGGCGGGGAAGGGUCGGGGCGGGGAGAAACGUUUAUAUAGCGGCAAGGAGGGAUGUGGGAGCUGCCGCCCGCCUGCGGGACACCGGGAGGCGAGAGGCUGCCCGCGUCGUCGCCGGUUCCUUCUCGAGUUCCCGAGGCCCCCGCCGUCCCCCCGCGGUCGGCGGCACUCGGCGCGGCGCUCCCGGCGGUGCGCUCGGUGCGCUCAGUGCGCGCGCGCGCGGAGGAAACCCACGCAGCGCUUGGCAAGUGCGGGGCUGAGUGCCCCGAGAUUUCAAGUUGGAGACUUUUUAGGUCAUAAGAGGAAAAUGCUGCUGAUCUUGUUCCUUAUAAUAAUUUGUUCCCAUGUCUCUAUGAACAAAGAUCCUGGCCCUGAGUAUGCAGAUGUCGUAUUUCUGGUGGACAGCUCUGAUCACCUGGGAACUAAGUCCUUCCCUCUUGUGAAAACGUUCAUCACCAAGAUGAUCACCAGUCUCCCCAUCGAGGCCCACAAGUACCGCGUGGCCCUGGCUCAGUACAGCGACCGGCUCCACAGUGAGUUCCAGCUGAGCACCUUCAAGAGCAGGAACCCCAUGCUGAACCACCUCAAGAAGAACUUUGCCUUCAUUGGCGGCUCCCUGCGGAUAGGAAACGCUCUCCGGGGGGCCCACAGGACCUUCUUCUCUGGAGCGGCCGGCGGGAGGGACAAGAAGCAGUUUCCCCCGAUUCUGGUGGUCCUGGCUUCGGCGGCGUCCGAGGACGAUGACGUGGAAGAGGCCUCCAAGGCCCUGCGGGAAGACGGGGUGAGAAUCAUCUCCGUGGGGCUGCAGGAAGCUUCUGAGGAGGAGCUGAAGGCCAUGGCCACGGCUCAGUUUCACUUCAACCUUCGGUCGGUCAGGGACCUGGGCGCGUUUUCCCAAAACAUGACGCAGAUCAUCAAGGAAGCGACCCAGUACAGGGACGGAGCGGCAGAUGACAUUCUUGUGGAAGUUUGCCAAGGCCCAUCUGUGGCUGAUGUGGUGUUCCUGUUGGAUGUGUCCAUCAAUGGCAGCCAGGACAACUUUGACUAUCUUAAGGAAUUCCUGGAAGAAAGCAUAUCUGCUCUUGACAUAAAGGAGAACUGCAUGAGGGUUGGCCUUGUGGCCUACAGCAAUGAGACGAAGGUGAUAAAUUCCCUCAGCAGGGGUGUAAAUAAGUCGGAGGUUCUCCAGAAUAUACAGACCCUCUCUCCCCAGGCUGGGAAGGCCUACACAGGAGCUGCCAUCAGAAAGAUCAGGAAGGAAGUGUUCAGUGCACGCAAUGGCAGUCGGAAGAAUCAGGGGGUGCCCCAGAUUGCCGUGCUGGUGACCCACAGACCAUCAGAGGAUAACGUGACCAGGGCGGCCGUUAACCUCCGGCGCGAGGGCGUGACCAUCUUCACCAUGGGCAUAGAGGGGGCCAGCGAAAGCCAGCUGGAGAAGAUCGCCUCUCACCCCGCUGAGCAGCAUGUGUCCAAACUGAAAACCUUCUCUGACCUGGCCGCUCACAACCAGACAUUUCUGAAGAAGCUGCGGAACCAGAUAACGCACACGGUCUCUGUCUUCUCAGAACGGACUGAAACGCUCAAAUCUGGUUGUGUGGACACUGAAGAAGCAGACAUUUAUCUGCUCAUUGAUGGCUCUGGAAGCACCCAGGCCACCGACUUCCAUGAAAUGAAGACCUUCCUGUCAGAGGUCGUAGGGAUGUUCAACAUCGCUCCCCAAAAAGUGCGGGUUGGGGCCGUUCAGUAUGCUGACAACUGGGACUUGGAAUUUGAGAUCAAUAAAUACACUAACAAGCAUGACUUGGGAAAGGCCAUUGAGAACAUCCGGCAGAUGGGUGGGAAUACAAACACGGGUGCAGCCCUGAAUUUCACGCUAGGGCUAUUGCAAAAAGCAAAGAAGCAGCGAGGAAACAGAGUGCCGUGUCAUCUUGUUGUCCUGACGAAUGGCAUGUCCAAGGAUAGCAUCUUGGAGCCUGCAAACAGACUGAGAGAAGAGCUCAUUCGUGUUUAUGCCAUUGGGGUCAAGGAGGCCAACCAAACACAGCUGCGAGAAAUUGCAGGCGAGGAAAAGAGGGUAUACUACGUGCAUGACUUCGACGCUUUGAAAGACAUAAGAAACCAAGUUGUUCAGGAAAUCUGUGCUGAAGAAGCCUGCAAAGAGAUGAAAGCAGACAUCAUGUUUCUGGUGGACAGUUCUGGCAGUAUAGGACUUGAAAACUUCAGCAAAAUGAAAACAUUUAUGAAAAACCUGGUGAGCAAAUCUCAGAUUGGGGCAGAUCGGGUGCAGAUUGGCGUAGUCCAGUUCAGCGACAUCAAUAAGGAGGAAUUUCCGCUCGAUAGAUACAUGUCCCAGCAUGAAAUUUCAGAUGCAAUAGACCGGAUGGCUCACAUUGGAGAAACCACCUUGACGGGUGGUGCCCUGACCUUUAUGUCUCAGUACUUCAGCCCUGCCAAGGGGGCCCGGCCCAAUGUCAGGAGGUUUCUCAUCCUCAUCACUGAUGGUGAAGCUCAGGACAUAGUCAAGGAGCCAGCAGUAGCUCUUCGACAAGAAGGCAUAAUCAUCUACUCGGUGGGGGUGUUUGGCUCCAAUGUCACCCAGCUUGAGGAGAUCAGUGGGAGGCCAGAGAUGGUGUUUUAUGUUGAGAAUUUUGAUAUUCUGCAGCACAUUGAAGAUGAUCUUGUUUUUGGAAUAUGCAGCCCCGUGAAGGUAGAAUGCAAGCGAAUUGAAGUUCUGGAUGUUGUGUUUGUAAUUGAUAGCUCUGGAAGCAUUGACUAUGACGAAUAUAAUAUCAUGAAAGACUUUAUGAUUGACUUGGUGAAAAAAGCUGACGUUGGCAAAAAUCAGGUCCGGUUUGGGGCUCUGAAGUAUGCUGAUGACCCAGAGGUACUGUUUUAUCUGGAUAACCUCAGCACAAAAUGGGAGGUGAUUUCGGUGCUCCAGAAUGACCAGCCCAUGGGGGGCAAUACUUACACCGCUGAGGCACUAGGCUUUUCAGACCACAUGUUCACUGAAGCCCGGGGCAGCCGCCUGCACAAAGGGGUCCCCCAAGUCCUCAUUGUGAUCACCGAUGGGGAAUCCCACGAUGCAGAUAAGCUCAAUGCCACAGCCAAGGCCUUGAGGGACAAAGGCAUUCUUGUUCUGGCUGUGGGGAUCGCUGGUGCCAAUCCUGUAGAACUGCUAGCUAUGGCAGGAUCAAGUGACAAGUACUUCUUCGUGGAGACUUUUGGAGGCCUGAAGGGGAUAUUUUCAGAUGUGUCAGCCAGUGUAUGUAACACUUCGAAAGUAGAUUGUGAAAUUGAAAAAGUAGAUCUUGUUUUCCUCAUGGAUGGCUCAAAUAGCAUUCACCCAGAUGACUUCAGGAAGAUGAAGGAAUUCUUGGCAUCUGUUGUUCAAGACUUUGAUGUCAGUGUCAACAGAGUACGCAUAGGAGCUGCCCAGUUCAGCCAUACCUAUCGGCCGGAAUUUCCACUAGGAACUUUCAUAGGCAAAACAGAGAUAUCGCUUAAGAUUGAAAACAUCCAACAGAUCUUUGGGUACACACACAUCGGUGCCGCACUCCGGCAGGUGGGGCAUUACUUCCGGCCAGACAUGGGCAGCCGGAUAAAUGCAGGUACCCCACAAGUGUUGCUGGUCCUCACAGAUGGCCAGUCCCAAGAUGAGGUGGCUCAGGCCGCUGAAGACCUGCGACACAAAGGUAUUGACAUUUACUCUGUGGGCAUUGGGGAUGUGGAUGACCAACAGCUCAUUCAGAUCACUGGGACUGCAGAUAAAAAACUGACAGUUCAUAACUUUGACGAACUGACAAAGGUCAAGAAAAGGAUAGUUCGCAACAUCUGUACCUCGGGGGGUGAGAGCAAUUGUUUUGUGGAUGUUGUGGUCGGAUUUGACAUCUCAACUCAUGAGAAUGGGCAGACUUUGCUCGAAGGUCAGCCUUGGAUACAAACCUACCUUCAAGACCUCUUACGUGCCAUCAGCUCCCUCAAUGGGGUAAGCUGUGAGGUGGGCACAGAGACUCAGGUUAGUGUGGCUUUUCAAGUGACCAAUGCCAUGGAAAAAUAUUCCCCCAAGUUUGAGAUCUAUAGUGAAAACAUACUGAACAGCUUGAAGGAUAUAACAGUUAAAGGACCAUCUCUUCUCAACACAAACCUCUUGAAUUCUCUGUGGGAUGCGUUUCAGAAUAAAUCAGCUGCUCGAGGAAAGGUGGUUCUCUUAUUUUCAGACGGAUUGGAUGAUGACAUUGAAAAGCUGGAACAAAAAUCUGAUGAACUGAGAAAAGAAGGCCUGAAUGCCCUCAUAACUGUUGCUCUGGAUGGAGCCAGCGACUCAAGUGACCUGGCUGAUCUUCUCUACAUUGAAUUCGGGAAAGGGUUUGAGUAUAGGACCCAGCUCACUAUCGGAAUGAGGGACCUUGGGAGCCGACUGUCAAAGCAACUGGUCAAUGUUGCUGAGAGGACAUGCUGCUGUUUAUUCUGCAAGUGCAUUGGAGGGGAUGGCACAAUGGGAGAUCCUGGACCACCGGGCAAAAAGGGAUCCCCAGGUUUUAAAGGCAGUGAGGGCUACCUGGGAGAGGAAGGCAUUGCUGGAGAAAGAGGAGCCAGUGGACCAGUCGGGGAGCAAGGUACUAAGGGAUGCUAUGGCGCCAAAGGUCCGAAGGGAAACAGGGGACUAAAUGGACAGGAGGGAGAGGUCGGAGAAAGUGGAAUUGGUGGAUUAAAUGGAGAACAGGGUGAAAGUGGUCUUCCUGGAGAAAAAGGAGAAAAGGGUGAUGAAGGAUCCCAGGGAAGCCCGGGACAGCGAGGGGUUUCUGGUGACCGAGGCGCAAAGGGCCAGCGAGGAGACCCUGGAGUCCCUGGAUUUGACAGCACAAUAGAAGGACCCAAGGGCUUGAAAGGAGAACGUGGAAGACAAGGUAGAAGAGGCUGGCCAGGCCCCCCUGGAACACCAGGCUCCAGAAGAAAGACAGCAGCUCAUGGCCGAAGGGGACAUACAGGCCCACAGGGGAAAACAGGCAUCCCAGGCCCAGAUGGACUUGAAGGCUCAUGGGGACUUAAGGGCCCUCAGGGUCCCAGAGGAGAGACUGGUAUGAAAGGAGAAAAAGGAGGUCUGGGAAUUAAAGGUCCUCAGGGGCCUCCAGGACCAGGAGGAGAAGCAGGGAGUCCAGGCCAUUUGGGAAGCCAAGGAAAUAAAGGAGAACCUGGAGAUUUGGGAGAAAGAGGACCUAUUGGCCUCCCCGGUCCUCGAGGCUUGCCGGGUGAUGAUGGCCCUCCAGGUUAUGGCAGCAUUGGAAGGAAAGGAGCAAAGGGGCAAGAAGGAUUUCCUGGAGAAAGUGGACCUAAGGGUGAGACUGGGGACCGUGGUGGUCCAGGAGAAACUGGACCCAAAGGAGCCAGAGGCAAAACGAUAUCCGCUGGGCUUCCAGGAGAGAUGGGAUCCCCUGGGGAGCCAGGACCUCCUGGACGCAAGGGUGUGAAAGGGGCCAGAGGAUUGGCUUCAUUUUCCACGUGUGAGCUCAUUCAGUAUGUACGGGACCACAGCCCUGGUGGCCAUGGAAAACCAGAAUGCCCCGUGCAUCCCACCGAAUUGGUGUUUGCCUUGGACCAGUCCCGGGAUGUCACCAGGCAGGAGUUUGAGCGCAUGAAGGAGCUGAUGUCAUCCCUGGUGAGGGGCGUCAGGGUCCGGGAGAACAGCUGCCCGGUGGGCGCGCGCAUCGCCGUCCUCACCUACAGCUCCCACGCCCGGCACCUCAUCCGCUUCUCAGACGCCUACAAGAAGAGCCAACUCCUCAGAAAGAUUGAAGCUAUUCCUUACGAGAGGUCCUCAGACAGCAGGGAGAUCGGCAAAGCGAUGAGGUUUAUCUCCAGGAAUGUCUUCAAGCGAACGCUGCCAGGGGCGCACACCCGAAGGAUCGCCACCUUCUUCAGCAGCGGUCAGUCUACUGAUGCCCAGACCAUUGCCGCGGCCACUAUGGAGUUCGGUGCCCUUGACAUCAUUCCGGUCGUGAUCGCUUUCAGCAACGUGCCCUCCAUCAAGCGUGCAUUUGCGAUUGAUGACACUGGCACAUUCCAAGUAAUAAUGGUUCCAUCCGGGACCGACUACACGCCAACGUUAGAGAGACUCCAGCGGUGCACUUUCUGCUAUGAUAUAUGCAAGCCGGAUGCUUUUUGCGAUCAAGCCAGACCACCCCCUGUGCAGUCGUACGUGGAUGCUGCUUUCCUUCUGGACAGCUCCCGCCAUGUGGGAAGUGCUGAAUUUGAAGACAUAAGACACUUUUUGGGAGCACUGUUAGAUCACUUUGAGAUCACCUCCGAGCCUGAGACCUCUGUCACUGGAGACCGGGUGGCCCUAUUAAGCCAUGCUCCCCCCAACUUCCUCCCCAACACUCAGAAGAGUCCUGUUAGAACGGAGUUCAACCUUACCACCUACAACAGUAAACGCCUCAUGAAGAGGCACUUGGAAGAAUCAGUUCAACAACUAAACGGAGACGCUUUCAUUGGUCAUGCCUUACAGUGGACCCUGGACAAUAUCUUUUUAAAGACACCCAAUAUGAGAAGAAACAAAGUCAUAUUUGUGAUAUCUGCUGGGGAAACCAGUCACUUGGACAGGGAAACCUUAAAGAAAGAAUCCUUGAGAGCCAAAUGUCAAGGUUAUGCCCUAUUUGUGUUUUCCCUUGGCCCCGCUUGGAAUGACAAGGAACUGGAAGAUUUAGCCAGCUAUCCUUUGGAUCACCACUUGGUCCAGCUUGGCCGAAUUCAUAAACCUGACCACAGAUACAGUGUGAAGUUUGUGAGAUCCUUUGUAAACUCAGUCAGGCGUGCAAUCAACAAAUAUCCACCAAUAAACUUCAAAAUGAAGUGCAAUAGAUUCAGCUCUACAGAUCUGAAGCAGCCCCCACAGCAGUUGCAAAGCUUUGUUCUUGGACCACAUAAAGCUGCUCUCAGGGAUGCAUUGCAGAGAGCCAGAUUCUUUCAAGACAAAAAAUACCUUUCAAGAGUAGCAAGAGGCAGCAGAGACGAUACUGUUCAAAAUCUUAUCAGAAACACACCCCAUACCUUUAAAAAUGGAAGAAAGGUGAUAAAAACUGCUCCAAGACAACAAUGAUAAAGGAAGUGCUUGAAGGAUUUAGCCUUUGAAAGGAUGGUAAGCCUCUGGUUUUGAGUAACUCAGUUCACUGCCAUUAACUAUGGACAACUUUUAUUUGGAUAUCCAGCCAUAUCCAGAGGUCCACUCUGGAGGGCUGGACAAAACACGGAUUGUAGAUUAUCAGGCAGCUUGACCCCUGGCAUUCGUUUCUUGCCCAUUUCUUUGAGCAUUCCUGAUAAUUCCGGCACUCUGAUACUUUCAAGGACUUAUUAAAAGAUGGAAGAAUGAAAGAAAUGUUCUGAAAAGUCUAAUAGAGAUAUAAUUUGAAGGUAAAAUUUAAACAUAUAUAUAUAUAUAUGAGCCAGUGUUAAUUCUUUUGAUGGCAGGUCUAUGUUCAGUCCACUUUCUUCAAACCAAGAUUUUGUUUUCUAUUUAGUACUGUUAAAGGCUCGUCUGUUUAACCAAAGGUUAACGUUCUGAGAGACCCCAACAUUUACAUUUUGAAAUCGAUGCUUCUGUGUCAAUUUUGAUAAUUUGACUUCCCGUGAUGCCAUUUAAAUACACCACUGUCUCUGUGUAGAAUGGCUAACCUUCUGAUAGCCUUGUGCUGGCAGGUCUUCUCCCACCUUCUGCAGUAGUUUGCAGGGACAGAGAAGAAGCAGAGUCCUUUUCUCUGCUCCAACUCCUCCUUAACUCACUGAGAAACUUGUGAAUUCCUCCAAAACAUAAAUAAUUGCUUUUGAGCUGGAAGUUCCCUCAUGAUAUAGAGAGCCUCGUGCCUGGCCAUUUUUAUGGACUUUUAUUCUUUACCAUUAUUGUCAUAUAUUAUUCUUUACUAAUCUCUAUAUUCUUUAGGCAAGAAGAGUCAAGACAACUUGUCAUGGGUGAAGCUGCGUUACUUUUACCCAUCAGGUAGCUAUUUAGUCAAUGGUGAAUAGUACCAAACAGGACUGACCGAGAUCUAGAGUCUUAAAUACAUACUGAGUUUGGAAAAGAUAAAGUUGUUCAUGUUUUAAGCCACAAAUCCAUCCGGGGCUACAGAGAUGUAAAGAGAUUAGAGUAAGUUAAAGCAGGAAGGGUCUUGCAAGUGCCUAGCGUCUAGUAGCAUUCUGACAGCUUGCUCCCACCUCACCCCCCAUCAAGAUCACAUAACUAACUCUUAACCUUUAUGAAGGGCUAAUAUUUCCAACUACUAAACGCCAGAGUAGCAUUAUUUGAGACACAAUGUUUGGACCUUACCUCGAAUUCUCAGAGUUGGCUCCAGCGUUGUUAACUAUGGCCCUGCUUGGCAGAACCUCUCUUCAGGGGGGGAGACUUUGCUUGGACUCAGGGGGCAGAUGGCUACCGACACCUAAGACCAAUAGGUGAUUUUCUUUUCCAUAUCGCUCUUCAUAAAAGCUAGGAAAGAAGGGUCACCUACGCUGUGUUUUAAAACCACUUCUGCCAUCCGUACUCAGGCAAUUCCAUAGAGAUAGCUCCCAAUGUCUUCAGAGGGGGGAGGAGUUAAAAUGUCACAUUCAUACUCAGGAAAUAGAGAAGAAUAAAGCACAUCACGUUUCUUCAUAUCCUAAGUGGUGCUUCGGAGUUUAGGAAAAAUUUAUGUUUCAAGUAGAGCAAAUUGAUGAGCAAUAUUUAAAAGGUAUUUUAAAAGGGAUUUUUCUGGUUAACUUUGGAUUAAGCAAAAACUGCUAUUUACUGCUAGAAAUACUUUUAAUAUGUAUUUGUCUAUUUUUUUCUGCAUUGGUAAGUAAAAUACACCAAAAAAUUUU